AUGGCGACAACUGAGAGCCAAAACAAACAGUCGGACGUCUCCAGUGACAACAGCAAUAAGCCCACGCCAGCUCAAAUUGAGGCAAGAACUAUCCUUAACCACGUCCUUACUCAGCUCCAAUCCCACCCCCACUACACCACCACCUACAGCCCUUGGAUCCAGCGCAACGGCCACACCCAGCUCCUCAACUUUUGCCAACCGCUAGUCCUGCCACAAACCUGGAACUUCCUCUCCAACCGCUGGUCUCUAGAUGCCUUAAAACCGCUAUCAGGGGACCUGCGCUACUCGGGCCGCGCCAUCUACCUCGACGGCAUCCUAGGCCUCGACAAGCGGCUGCGCAUCUACGUUGGGCAGAGCCACAAUCUGCGGGCUCGCGUGGCACAGCAUCUGAACUUCAGGUACAGGAGAGACCAUAGCUCGCUGCACUACUUUGCGCUGCAGGAGAGCGUGUACAAUGUACUCGGUGCUAUCGUUAUUUUACCUGGUGUGAAUACUGGGCCGGGUACGGAUGACAUGCCGUUGCUGAUGAAUGUGCUCGAGUUGUGGAUGUGUCUUGUUUUUCGGUCGUUGCCAAUGCAGGUGCUUGAGGAGUGGCUGCCGGAUGAUGGGUCGGUGGAGAGGAAGAGGAAAGUAGGGAAAGAGGGGGUAGUGAGCGGACUCAAUGUUGCGUGUCCGCUUGAUCAGGGGAGGAAUGAUAGGAUGUUUGUGGAUUUGAGUGACGACGAGGAUCCGCUUGUUAAAGCGUAUUUGAAAGAGGUUAGGAGGAAGAAGAAAGAAAAGGAGGAAGAUGAGAUUGUCAGAAGAAAAGAAGUGUAUGUAGAGAAGGCGACGGGGUACAAGGGAGGAGAUGGAGACAUACGUGUUCCGCAAUGGGUCUUCUACGGUGUACUGGCAGGGGUUCUGGGACUCAUGAGAUGA